GAGAGAUGAGGAGCACUGCAUCCUGCACCAGAGAGGUGACCCUCAGUCCCCUGCUGCUGCCCUGUGCCCCCUCCAUCUCCUCUGCAUCGCUUCCCUGCACCACCCAUCCAUCCCAGGGGCUCACAUCUCCCUGUCUCCUGCUGCAGGACCUGUGCCACCCCUCAGCUGGGCUGCUUGCCUUCCCUUCUGUAAAGGCAGAGCGAGGAUGUGGCUGGCUCUAGCUCUGGUGUCCAUGUUCCACGGGAUGGGAUCCGGGCAGUGCCUCCUGAAUUCUCCAUUUCCCAAGAAUCCAGAAGCACGGAUGAACGUCAGUGAAAUGGUCUCGUACUGGGGAUACCCCAGUGAGGAGUACGACGUGGUGACAGAGGAUGGCUACAUCCUUCACCUGGACAGAAUUCCUCAUGGGAGAGGAAAUGCUGGAUGCCUAGGUGCAAGACCCGUGGCGUUUCUGCAGCAUGGUCUCCUUGUAGAAGGCAGCAUCUGGGUCACCAAUCUGGCCAACAACAGCCUGGGCUUCAUUCUCGCCGAUGCUGGCUACGAUGUUUGGAUUGGGAAUAGCAGAGGGACCACUUGGUCCAAGCAACACCUGCUCCUGUCUCCCAAACGGGACGAUUUCUGGGCUUUCAGCUUCGAUGAAAUGGCUAAAUACGACCUCCCAGCAGUGAUAAACUUUAUUGAACAGAAAACAGGAGAGAAACAGUUGUAUUACAUCGGUCAUUCACAAGGCACCACUGUAGCUUUUAUAGCCUUUUCCACCAUGCCUCAGCUGGCUCAGAAAAUCAAAAUGUUCCUUGCUCUAGCACCUGUGACCACAGUUACAUUUUCUCCAAGUCCAGUUAGAAAGCUUGCACUCUUUUCUGACCAUGGGCUUAAGGAGAUAUUUGGCAGCAAAGACUUCCUCCCACACACUGCCUUCAGUGAGCUCUUCCUUUCCAAAUUCUGUGCCUGCUCAAAGACCUGCCUGAGCUUCUUGUCUACGGCGUUCGGAUUUAACUGGAAGAACACAAACAUGAGCCGGGUCGAUGUGUACGCCGGUCACCUCCCAGCGGGGACUUCAGUCCAAAACAUAAUCCACUGGUUGCAGGGAUUUCAGAGUGGGGCACUGAGAGCUUUUGACGGGGGGACCAUUUACAACAGUCUUCGCUAUAGACAGGAGGGUCCGCCGCUCUACGACGUGAAGGACAUGGAAGUGCCCACGGCCAUCUGGAGUGGUGGGGUGGACUGCCUGGCAGAUCCCCGGGACACAGCCCUCCUGCUCCCCCAGAUCAAGAACCUGGUCCACCACAAGCUGAUUCCCCAGUGGAACCACCUGGAUUUCAUACUGGGGCUCGAUGCAGCCGAGACUUUGUACCUGGAAAUGCUUGACAUCAUGAAGAAGCAUCUGUAAAGAUGCUGGUUUGGUUUUACCCUUUCUUUUUUUGGCUGAUGUGUCUUGUAAGUUUAGUGCUGCCUUAAAAGGAUUUUGAAAUUUCUCUCCAUCUGGAGCACCUGAAUAAAGCUGAUCAAAAUGCUUUUAACUGCAGCAGUGACAGGUGGGGAGAGGAGCCUUCAGAUUAUUCCUGACUGACACUGCAUUCCCUUCCCUUCUUUUUCUUUUCUUUCUCUUUCUUUCUUUUUAUUUUUUCUUUUUUGUUGUUUUUUUCUUCUCACUCCACUCCCUGCCAUGGGCAGGGACACCUCCCACUAGCCCACGUUGCUCCAAGCCCCGUCCAACCUGGCCUGGGACACUCCCAGGGAUCCAGGGGCAGCCACAGCUUCUCUGCCCAACCUGUGCCAGGGCCUCCCCACCCUCACAGGGAACAAUUCCUUCCCAAUAUCCCAUCUAAACCUACUCCCUGUCAGCAUGAAGCCAUUCCCCCUUGUCCUGUCACUCCAGGCCCUUGUAAAUAGUUUAUCUUUCUUGUGGGCUCCGUUCAGGUCAUCUCCUUAGAGAAAAAACAGUGGUUUUGAAAUUCAAUAAGAAUUGUAAUUAAUCACACUUUCAAUGUGGUUGAAUGUGGAGAAAGAAUCAAGAAAUAAAUAAACCCUGAAAAGAUAUUACCAGAAAUCCUGAAGGGAAAUUACAGAGAGACAGUCCAGGCUGAGAUUCUGAUGUGGAAAUGUGCAAAAUCCAAAUAAAAAAAGGGGCUUAGGGGAUAUACAAAGUGCCUUAGGGAAUAUACAAAGGGUUUAUCUGACUCGUUUCGAAAAAAAAGAUUGAGUCAUUCA